AUAGAGUAACAAUGGAAGAGAUCAAGAACCCCUCUGGAACUUCUCUUCUGGUACCAUCAGUCCAAGAAUUGGCUAAGGAAAAGAUUUCAACAGUUCCAGCAAGAUAUAUUCAGUCUCAACAUGAAGAAUUGGUCAUCAAUGAAGCUAAUAGUAUACUUGAAAUUCCAGUUAUUGAUAUGAAGAAAUUGCUUUCUUUAGAAUAUGGGAGUUUAGAAUUGUCUAAGCUUCACCUUGCUUGCAAAGAUUGGGGAUUCUUCCAGCUUGUAAAUCAUGAUGUUAGUUCUUCCUUGUUGGAGAAAGUAAAGAUGGAAAUUAUGGAUUUUUUCAACCUUCCAAUGUCAGAGAAGAAAAAGUUUUGGCAAACUCCUCAACAUAUGGAGGGAUUUGGACAAGCAUUUGUUUUAAGUGAAGAACAAAAACUUGAUUGGGCAGAUCUUUUCUUUAUGACAACCCUUCCUAAACACUUGAGAAUGCCACACUUAUUUCCACAACUUCCUCUUCCUUUGAGAGACACUCUCGAAUUAUACUCACAAGAAAUUAAAAAUCUAGCCAUGGUUAUUCUUGGUCAUAUUGAAAAAUCUUUGAAGAUGGAGGAAAUGGAAAUAAGAGAAUUAUUUGAAGAUGGGAUACAAAUGAUGAGGACGAACUAUUACCCACCUUGUCCUCAACCAGAGAAGGUUAUUGGUCUCACAAAUCAUUCAGACCCUGUAGGUCUCACUAUCCUCUUACAACUCAAUGAAGUAGAAGGGUUACAGAUAAGGAAAAAUUGCAUGUGGGUUCCUGUUAAACCCCUUCCCAAUGCCUUCAUUGUCAACAUUGGUGACAUGCUAGAGAUUAUAACCAAUGGGAUAUAUCGAAGUAUUGAACAUCGAGCAAUAGUGAACUCGGAAAAGGAAAGACUUUCAAUUGCUACAUUCUACAGUUCGAGACAUGGAAGUAUUUUAGGUCCUGUGAAAAGCUUAAUUACUGAACAAACACCAGCUCGGUUCAAAAAAGUUGGAGUAGAGGAGUACUUCACCAACUUAUUUGCUCGUAAACUUGAGGGAAAGUCAUACAUUGAUGUUAUGAGAAUAGAACAUGACGAUUGAAUGUGAUGAAUUAUAGGGAAUAAACACAAACAUAUGGCUUUCGUUAGUGUACGUCCACAAUAAAAUAAGAGAGUUGUAUGACCAAAGAUGAUUAAGUUUCAUCCUAUUGUUUGUAUGAUAUGCAUCUAAUUAUAAGUUAGACAAUAUAU